UAACGACCUUGUACAAUCGGCGGAAGCGGCGUUUCUAACUUGUCGUACCUCCGAGUCACAAGUCCCUCUGCGGGGCGUCCGCCCUGUUUCACGGCGGCUUCGCUCACUUUACGGCCUGACUCGGAUCUCCUUGGCAACGCGCGCAACUGUCCUGCGAAGUUUGGAGCGACUGUUCCAACUUCCACCUAAAACACUUUUCGUUCGCUCAAAACAAACCAACCGGAUCCGGACCCGAACUCGCGUCCGGGACCGGAUCUGAAGGUGGGUCUGCUUUCGCGGAGUUUCCGUUCGGAUGGAGAGAAUAAACUCGGCGUUUCGGGCGCGGGGCAGCCCGGGACAAUAGUGCGGUCGCUCGUGCACGGGAUUGAUGCCUCGCGGAGGUAUUGUUCCGCCGCCGCCGCCGCCGCGACGCACGAGCCCUGCGUUUUAAAUUUACAGGGCCGUUGAUCAAGUUAGGAACCGUUUAUUGAUAAGCCUAAAUCAAUCAACAUGGACGUGACUCUGUCUGAGUUGCUGGCUAGUUUCAUGGAGUCGCCGCUGGUGGUCUGGGUGAGGACGUUGGGUCCGCUGGGGUCGUGUGAUGAGGUGGGCUCGGAGCAGCCCGUCAACAUGUUCAUGGAGUUGGUGGACGGUGUCUUUCUGCACAAGAUCAUGACACACAUUGACCCCAGCCCGACCCACCAGCGACUGAAUAAGAACGUGCACAACGACGUGUCUCUUCGGCUUCACAAUCUGACCGUUCUCACCAGACACAUCAGAACCUACUACCAGGAGAACUUGCAGCAGUUAAUAGUCAUGACCCUCCCCAACAUCCUCUACAUCGCCAAGGACCCACUAUCAGCCAAGAGCAUGGAGGAGAUGAAGAGACUGCUUUUGCUAAUACUAGGCUGUGCUGUGCAGUGUGAGCAUAAGGAGGAGAUGAUAGAGAAGAUCAAGCUGUUGGACAUCGAGACCCAGGCUGCCAUCGUCUCUCACAUUCAGGAGGUGACCCAUAACCAACAGAAUGUUUUAGACAUGUCCUGGCUAGAGGAGGAGGCAGAGCUGUCGCGGGAGGAGCUGGACCCUCUGUCCCGCAACAUGGCCGUGUCACUACAGCAACUGAUUGACCAGAGAGACAAGGCGAACGAAAUGAUUGUGGACCUGACCCACGAGAGGGACUACCUGUCCAGUCAGGAGCCCCAGACAGGUUGCCGGUCUCUGGGUCUGGGCAGCCCAGGGACGGGGCCGGACUCCGGAGGUGAUGUGGCGAGUAAAGGCGAGCGGGCCACAUGUGGACUGACAAAGGAGGAGAAACAGCAUCUGUCAGUGGAGCUGGCUGAUACCAAGGCUAAGCUGCGGAGAUACCGACAGGAACUAGAGGAGAAGAUAGAACAGCUGAUGGAUUCAAAGCACGAAGUGGAGCGACUGGAUCAGGAGUUGAAUAGACUGAAACAAGAGAACCAGUCCCUGUCUUGUGAGGCGCGCUCCGUGCGUGUGUAUCGGGAUGAGGUGGACUCACUGAGGGAGCGAGCCGCCCGAGUGGACCGGCUCGAGACCGAACUGACGCGGUGCAAAGAGAAGCUCAACGACGUGCAUUUCUACAAGACGAGGGUGGAGGAGCUCCGUGAGGAUAACCUGACUCUAAUGGAAACAAAGGCGUUGUUGGAGGAGCAGCUGUCAGCCUUGAGAGGGCGCUGUGAUAAACUCCACACUCUGGAGAAAGAUAGCCUUUUACUUCGGGCUAAAGUACAAGACCUGGAAAUGGAGCGAGACAGCGAACGCCGUAGACUGGAGGAGCUAGUGGAGGAGAACAUGCUGCUGGAGAUUGGACAGAAACAGAGCAUGAAUGAAUCCGCCCAUCUGGGCUGGGAACUGGAGCAGCUGACCAAGAACCACGAUAAUACCAAUACCGAGACCCGCAAAUCAUUAGUCCAUGAACUAAAUGAGUGCGUGUCCAGCCGGGUAUUGAAGCUGGAGAAGGAGAACCGGGAGCUGCAGGCCUCCAUAGAGAGACAUAAGGAGGAGAACCACAUCCUGCAGGAGCAGCAGCUGGUCUCCCAGGUGCUGGACAGGGAGAACCAGGGACUCAGCAAGAAGCUGGAGCAUCUUCAAGGCCUACUGGACCAGGAGAGGCUGACCAAUCAGGACAUGGAAUCGCUGGGGGAGGAGCUACUGAAGGAGAAACAAGCUCUAGAGCGAGAGAUACACACACUGCGGGCAGAGAAAGAUCGACAGAUUUCAGAGUUGGAAAACGAGCGGCAGCACCUGUCGGACGCAGUCGCGUCUCUCCGCGAACGCGCCCAGGCUGACAGCGAAGCCCGGGUGAGAGAGGUCGAGGCGGAGAACCGCCUGCUGCACCAAAGCAUCACGGACAACGGCACGCGACUGGCCAGCCUGGAAACCCAGCUUAAACUGGCCAGCGAGGAGGCAGAGAGGCUGAGGGAGAAGGCGGGGCAGUGCGAGGAGGCGGAGAGAGAGGCUUGGAGACUGGAGCGGAGCAGAGAGGCCCUGAAGAGAGAGGUGGCUUCCCUGCGAGUGUCCAGCGAGCGGUCAGAGGUUUUAGAGAAGGAGAUGUUGUCCCUGGAAAAGGAGGUCUGCAGGCUAAAGAGGGAGGCAGAGGAGGCACACAGGACUGCCCAGCAGCUGGGCAGGCUGGAGGAGGAAAAGGAUGCGCUGUCGAAGGAGAACCUGGACCUGCGCUGCUCGCUGGAAAACCUGCGCUCCUCGGCCUCCCGCCUGACCUCCUUGCAGGAGGAACACAGGAACACACAGAGGGAGCGAGAGGAGCUAGAGACGAGACUGCACGAGGCAAAGGAGGAAGUGCGAGGGGAGAGGAAGAGAGCUGAGAGGCUCGAGUUGAACGUUGCGUCUCUAAAUCAGGAGAAACAUCAUUUGGAGCAGGAUAGAGAGAGGAGCAGGGAGGAGGCGGCAAGAGAGAGGCAAGAGAUGCAAGGCAGAGAUGAGGAGCUGCAGAGGGAAUUAAAGGAGCUGAAGGAUGAGAGGAGGAGGCGGGAGGAGAGGGAGGAAGAGGGGAGGAGGAAGCUCCAACUGGACCUUGACCAGGUGGAGAAGGAGAGGAAGCAUCUGGAGAAGGAGAGCCGGCGAAUCAGGACACAGCUGGAGGCGAAAGAGGUGGAGCUGGAGGAGAAAGCAAUAGUGCUGACUGCGUCGAAGAAGGAGGGCACAGCUCUCGGUAAGGAAGUGGAGAGGCUGAAGGAGGCCUCUGUCAAAGUGAAGGAGUUGGAGAGGGAAAAGAAGGAGCUCCAGAAACAGGCGACUAUUGACAAGAGGAUGCUGGCUACCCUGAGGGAGGAGCUGGUCUCGGAGAAGUUAAGUGUUCAGCAACAGAGUGUGGAUUUGGAGAGACUGAACGAGGAACUGGAGAAGAUCGGACUCAACAGGGAGAGACUGCUGCAGCAGGAGCACUCAUUUGAGGACAGUAGGUACAAGCUGCUGGAGUCCCGACUAGAGGAGACUGUCCAGCAGACUCUGAAGAUUAAAGAGGAGAAGAUUUCCAGUUUGGAGGAUAAACUUCAGGAGAGCAACACACUCAAUGCUACGCUGCGCACCGAGCUGGCGGCUGCCCGCCAGACAGUGUCCACUCUGCAUCAGCAGCAAGAAGAGAACCACAAGUCCCAGCAGCCUUCAGGGCGGAACCAGGAAUCGGCCACCACCGAGCUUCUGCGACUUAAGGACCACCUCAUUGAUCUGGAGAAGAAUAACUCCUCCCUGCAGACAGAGAGCAGUCUACUGAAGGAGCAACUAAAACAACUGGAGAAUCAGAAUACCUCUCUUAACAGCCAGAUGGCGACGCUGCACCGAAAUACCAGCUCACUGCAGGAACAGAAUACAGCUCUACAUACGCAGACUGCCAAACUGCAGGUGGAGAACUCCACGCUCUCCUCCCAGAGUGCAUCUCUUAUGGCCCAGAAUGCUGUACUGCAGGGCCAGGUAGCCGCCCUGGAGACUGAAGGGGAGUCGUGGCAGCGCCAGCGCGAGGAGGCGCGGCAGGGCAGAGAGAGCUUGCUCAGUGACCACGAGCGCCUGCUCAGCGUGCACGAGAGACAGGCGCACGAGUAUGAGCAGCUCAUCAGUCAGCACGCCGCCGUCAAAGGCAAGCAGAGGGCGCUGGAGAGUGAGCACAGAGCGUUGCACGGCAAAUAUUGCUCCUUGAUUAAGCAGAAGGAGAAGUGGGAAGAGCAGGAGGGCCGGAGUCAGAAUGAGAGGGAAGAGCUAAGGCUGGAAGUGCAGAAGAACCAGCUCCUACAGCAGGAGAACCUGCAACUGAAGACAGAGGUGGACAGGCUGACAGAGAACCAGUCCCAGCUGUCAGAGCAGUGGGAUGGGCUUCAGCAGCGGACCAAUGAACUGAAGAACUCAUUAAGUUCUGCCCAGCUGGAAGUGAGUCACUGGAUGGCGCGAUAUGAUUCGCUGAUGGAGCAACACCAGGGGUUGGAUCUGGCCAUGACCAAACUUGAUAACCACUGUGAGCUGUUGAGUCGUCUUAAGGGUAACCUAGAAGAGGAGAACCACCACCUGCUGAGUCAGAUCAACCUGCUGAGUCAACAGAACCACACGCUGUUGGAGAGGAGCAUGGAGAGCAAAGAGCUGUACCACCAAGAGCAGAAGCUAUACAUCGAUAAGCUGAACGCUCUGCGGCGUCAGAAAGAGAAGCUGGAAGAGAAGAUAAUGGACCAGUACAAGUUCUACGACCCCACUCCUAAAAAAAGGACUCACUGGUCUGGGGCGAAGGCUUUAGCCAAACUGAUCAAACCACGGAAAGAGAGCAGCCGGGAGCGAGGAGGCGAUAAGGACAAGGAGGGUGGAAAAGAGAGGGAGAGAGUCAAGAGUGCCCCCGACAUCCCCCUCCCCUCCCCCCCAUCCCUCCUGCCCCCCGAAACGCCACCUCCGCUUCCUCUGCGAACGGAAAGUGACGCUUUGGACAACGGACAUGCCCCCAACAUAGGGACGCCGUCGCCAGGACUCACACCCAUCACCCGGGGUUUGACCGACCGGGGUCGAGGGCUGUACCGCAGCAGCAAUCCAGGAAGCAACAGUGAGAAUGUUAAUGGAGAGGACGGACACGGACAAGGUCAAACUCCCAAGACUCCCAGUUAUACUCCCAACCACCAGGCCUCCUACAUGGGUCUGGCCCAUAACUCAAGUUCCAGGCCUGGACAAGGACCAGGCCAAAGGCCCAGAGGUCUGGUUUUUGAUGAAGACUCUCGCUUCAAUUCCUCUGACUCCAUAUUCGGUCACCAUGGCAACACAGGAGAUCGUCCAGGGUCGGCUGAGUUGAGCCUCAACACCUCCAGUUCUAAUUCGCCUGUUAAUUGUAGAGACACAUCAGAUCGUCAGGGCCGUUCGGCCAGUCUCCCCAGCGAAGACGUUGGCCUGAGCCAGUCACGUCUCUCGCUGUCGCGUAGCUCCACCCUUCCAUAUGACCACACACCUCAGAGGGCCCAACCACAACGCGGCGUAAGGACGAAGAUCCGCCUCGGUUCUCCUGGCAGUGAGAUGGUGACGCUUGAGGAGUUUCUGCAAGAGAGCAACAUACAGUCACCCCCUUUGGUGUCUACAGGAAGUAGGGAGGAUUUGAUGACCAACUAUUUCAGUAGAAGUCCUGCUCCCAUCACCACCACCACUGGCCAAGACCAGGCCACUCCCACCAGCUAUGUGACGCCUACUGUCCAGCCACCCAACCAGAGGCCAGGACAGUGUGUGAAGCCCUCCCCUCGCCAUCCUGUUGGCCAAUCACCAGCCUCAGGUCAGCCUCACACCCAAAGAUGCAGCGAGUCGCUGAGCAGGGCUUUCAGCUUGGCCUCUGCUGAUCUGCUGUCCUCCAAUGGACCAGAUAGUUACAGUGGGAAUGAAGGGUCCCCUGGCCAAUCAGAUGUGGUAAUUCGGAGGCAGGGGGGAGGGGCUGCUCCUAGACAACGCCCACUUUCUGCCCGGCUAGCGGAAAGCCGUCCAAGCAGUCAGCAUGGAGACACAAGCUACACGCCCAUUCAGCAUUCUUCCUCUCUCAACUUACAAACAGAGCGACAUGCAGAGAGGGAGAGGGAACGAGACCAAGAGAGAGGAAGGACAACCAUUUCUCGAAAUGGCCCCUCUUCUUCCUCUUCCUCCUAUCAUCAUCGUGGAGAAGUUGCCUUGGUAACACCUGUCAGAGCAGUACCAGCACUGCGAUUAGAUGAAACUGCCCAGCAGGGUGAGGAGUUAAGGGAGGGGAGGUCCACUGACUCCUCCCAUUUGAAGAAAGAAGGCGAGAGUGGGGGGGGAGAAAGAGCGAGGUGUGGUUCCACCGAGCGCCCGAAGAGCACGCCAGCUUCCCCUGACCCCAACAAUGACCCCCAGACUGUCUGGUAUGAGUAUGGCUGUGUAUAAUUACUGUAAUAAUCUGAAGACUCAUACAAAUCUUUGGACUGCUGAAGAAAAUACUGGAAGUAUCCAUGGUAGCAACAUCUGGAAUAAUGAUGAAAUGAACUUAAAGGUCAAUGAACUGAUCUCUGUGUUUAAGGUAACUACGUGCUGGAACAGAAUGAUUUCUCUUUGUCCAAACACAGGAGUAACCACUGGAAGUCUAUGGGAUGGGCUCUGUCCAGAUCCUUUAAAAUACUGUGUCUUUCUGGUCCCAUAAGACCUGGUUUUAUGCCAUGAAACAAAAUGUUGUUGCUGAGCAAUAAUCAAAUUUAUCGGCUUGAAUUUUACGUGUUGCCUGCUAAUUUUACAUGCUGUUUAGUCAGGAAGCGUUUUGAAUUGUGGAUACUACAAAUGAUUUCCUUCGAACAACCUUCUAUUUCGAUGCUGGCUUACGCAUUUUAGAAUUACUGGAACUUGUUGCUGUGAAACUGUUAGGAAAUGGGUUGGGAUCCCUUAGACUUUUCCCACUCGGACCACUUCACUUCUGAAGCUAAAGCUGUGCUAGGUGGGAUACAAAAAGGCUGCAGCUGUGCGGGCGGGGACGUCGGCCGAGAACGAAUCAGCUUGACCAGCAGGCUGUCGACAAAUACAAGACGACGAGACGCAACCAAGAGAAGACCUCAUGAGCAGAUGGUUCUCAUGGGGUCAGUAACACUAUCUCUUGUCUCUGGAUGGGGUUCCCUGGGUUCUGGUCUAGUACUGGCUUGCCCGCCCUGGCGUGACCGGCGCUCUAGUCCCACUGGAUGGGGCUGCAGAGGUUGCAGAUUUAUCCAUGGCUGUUUUUUGUUUUGUUUGUUGAAAGAAAGCACUGUGAUAUAACCGAGUGUUGUCGUGAGCAUUGUUAAGCAUUUUUAUGACCCAUCUGCAAAUUGUACGUGUGAACCAAAAGCACAAGAAAUCAAUUGCUUUGCCUCCAAAGUUGAAUUUAAGCCCUUGCUUAGCGCCUCCUACAGACUGUGCGAUCUUAGCAAUCCUAUACGUUUAUUGCAAACCACACUGUGCGACGUGGGCCUAAUAAACUUGGGUACGACGUCAAGUGUGAUGUACGCAUGAUGUUGUGCGAUGACGACACUGCUGAAGCGCAGACUACGACGCAAGUCCACGAACAUGUCGUCAGCGUAUCAGCGGCACGCACGCCGCCGGUAGAGCAACACGACGACGCCGAGCGGGACUCGAGUCCUUUCGGUAGUCGCCGCAGCUCAUUUCGCUGCUCGUUGUGUUGACUCCAUGGCAUCUGGGUCCCAGAUGCUAACAGGAAGUUCGUUUGUGUUUAGCGCCACCAAAGCUCCAGCGUGGCGUCGAUCGGUGCGUCAUUUCUUGCUGCACGUCUAUGGGUUGGUUAGUAGACGUAGGUCGUAGCAGCAUUCACAUUGGGAGAUGGUCAUCCUAAAUUUCUGGCGCUGUCGGACUUUUGUCCCGGGUUGUCUUCAGUCGCAAGACCGUGAUAUCGGCCGUCUUGGGACCCGUCUCACAGUGCGACGCAGGACCCGCCGUUUUGGAGCCACGACCAAAGAUACCGCCACGUUUAGUCGUCUUUCGUCCGAGACGGCCCGCGUCACGCAGUCUGUAGGAGGCUUGAGGGAAGAGACACAAAACUGCCGCCAUAAAGUUGCUGCGGGCGGGAGCUGUUACAUGUCAAUGCGAGGAUUUCACAACCUUGACGGUUAAAGCCCCGAGCUCCGAUACCUCCAA